AUGGUUACGACGAAGAGGUGCACUUGGGGAACCUGCAAAAGCGAUUCGCGGUAUCCUGAUCGUUUAAAACGAGACGCAAAGCGCUGGAUUCGUGCGUGUCAUCGAGGUGACAGAUUUGUGUGUACGAAAGACAGUUAUAUUUGUAGUCUUCAUUUUGUGGGAGAAAAUGGUCCUACUUUAGAUAACCCAGACCCUAUUUCAGCGAUACAAAGUAUUGAGAAUAGAAGAAAACUAACGGGAAAACGAAAAAAACCAAUCACGAGGGUAUAUUAUCCGCCACCAAAACGAACGUCAAUCUCCAAAAAAGAUGCAGCAGAGGCUCUUCUUUCCUUGAGCGAAAGGGAACACGCUAAAAGAGACGCAGCUGACGGCCUCCUAUCCUUAUGUGAAAAUAGUACAACAUCCCGUGAUAUCCAAGAGGACCAAGACGAACUUCUUCUUGUUGAAAAAGAUGCUGCUGUUCAAACCAACCUAACUCAUGAACAUCUUAAAACUUAUGCGACUGAGUCAUUUGUUAACAUCAGCAGUAUACAGAAAUGCAUGUUUUUAGAAAAUGUGGUUAAUGAUUCAGCCCAUUAUACAGGCCUACCAGGUGAAAUGUUGAAAAUACUUUUUGAGUUCGUGAAAGCAAAGGCUUCCAGGCUUAUCAAAUGGAAAGGGAAGAAAACAGCAAAAUAUAAACAAGAAAAAAAGAGCAGUGCUAGGAUCCACAAAACUUCUACAUGGGCUAAACUUUCAGUUUAUGAGCAAUUUAUAUUCACAUUGGUCAGGAUCAAAAGAUUCCCUUGUCUCAAGAUGUUAUGUGAUUUAUUUGGAGUGUCAGAAACUGUUGGUAGCAGCAUAUUCUUGACAUGGGUGAAGUUUCUUGAGAAAGAAUUAAAGUUAUUUAUUCCAUUUACCACUUUGAAAAACAUGGAAGGAAUAACCCGGCCUAAACUUUACGAAUCUAAUCCAUGUCUUCGUGCACAAUUGAUUGCACAGAAUCCUAUAAACAAAAACCUUCUUCCGCAAGUCAACGUCGGACACAUAGUAACUACAUAG